GUCUGUUGCUCUGCUCUUCGUUCUUCGCGUCCGUCCAGCGACAUCGUGCGCCCGGCAAGGCAAGAGGCAAGCUGCCCCACUUCCAGUUACUAUUCGAGGGAGAGAGAGAAAGAGACCACUAAUUACCUUGUAAAUCCCCCGUAGCCGUAGCGAUAAGAACGCAAACCCAUCUGUGUCCCAUACUCCCAUCCCACGAGGCGGCUUGCGCGGGGGGCAUCGUGCAAUGGCGCGGCGGUGCCCGUGCAGGCUGCUGCUAGCCGUGGCGGCGGCGGCCGUGCUCGUGGCCGCGGCAGCGCAGGCGCAGGAGACGUGCUCGGGGACCGUCCCCGCGCCGCCGCGCCGCGGGGCGCGGGUGUCCGUGGCCAGCUUCGGCGGCGCGGGCGACGGACGGACGCUCAACACGGCGGCGUUCGCGCGCGCCGUCGCCAGCAUCGAGCGCCGCGCCGCGCCGGGCGGGGCGGAGCUCUACGUGCCGCCCGGGGUGUGGCUCACGGGGCCCUUCAACCUCACCUCGCGCAUGACGCUCUUCCUCGCGCGCGGCGCCGUCAUCCGCGCCACGCAGGACACAUCAAGCUGGCCUCUGAUUGAACCGCUGCCCUCAUACGGGAGAGGACGUGAGCUGCCCGGCGGAAGAUACACAAGUUUAAUCCAUGGCAAUGGGCUUCAGGAUGUUGUCAUCACAGGCGAGAAUGGAACUAUUGAUGGUCAAGGCAGCGCGUGGUGGGAUAUGUGGAAGAACAGGACACUGCUCUACACAAGGCCUCACCUUCUUGAGCUGAUGAGCUCUUCUGAUAUCAUUGUCUCCAAUGUCGUCUUUCAGGAUUCGCCAUUCUGGAACAUCCAUCCUGUUUAUUGCAGCAAUGUUGUGAUCAGAAACGUGACUAUCCUAGCUCCACAUGACUCCCCCAACACGGAUGGAAUUGAUCCAGAUUCCAGCAGCAACAUCUGCAUCGAGGAUUGCUACAUUUCUACUGGUGACGAUUCCAUCGCCAUCAAGAGUGGCUGGGAUGAGUAUGGAAUCGCCUAUGGCCGCGCCAGUUCUGGCAUCACCGUGCGGCGGAUCACAGGCUCCUCCCCGUUUGCUGGCUUCGCGGUCGGAAGCGAGACAUCAGGUGGCGUGGAGAACGUCCUUGCAGAGCACUUGAACUUCUUCAACUCAGGGUUUGGGAUCCAUGUCAAGACCAACACAGGCAGGGGCGGCUUCAUCAGGAACAUCACUGUCUCGGAUGUGACGCUGGAUAACGUCCGGUACGGCCUGCGGAUCGUUGGCGAUGUCGGCAAUCACCCCGACGACAGCUACAACCGGAGUGCGCUCCCGAUCGUCGACGCCCUUACGGUAAAGAAUGUCCAGGGCCAGAACGUCAGGGAGGCUGGGCUGAUCAAGGGCAUCCCCAACUCGGCCUUCUCCCGGAUCUGCCUGUCGAACGUCAAGUUCACUGGUGGCGCACCUGUCCGGCCGUGGAAGUGCGAGGCUGUCAGCGGUGGCGCUCUCGACGUGCAGCCGUCACCAUGCACAGAACUGACUUCAACGUCUGGGACGAGCUUCUGUACAAAUUCGCUUUGAUGCUUUGCCAGCUAGCUGAGCUGCUGCUAUGCUUCUGUAUCUACGAGUAUGUAUACUGGUGCUUUAAAGCUUGGGCACCCAAGUAUUUAUCUUCCCGAAAAUUAAUUUGGUUUUACUAAUUUAUUUGAACCUCUCUAUACGAAGAGAAUAAUUCUUGACUCGUAUAGGACUGAACAAAAAAGUGUCACUGGUUUUCUUA